CAGGAAAACUCCAAAAAGGUAGAAGAAGAACCUUCACGUUCUUCACGGAGAGUCUUCUGUAGCAUUUCAGCUAAUAAAAUUAAAGAUUUAAAAACCCCAUGACUUCUCUGUCAUGGUAGUUGCACAGCUAGACUCAGAUAUCAAUACAGUACUGAACUACUGAAUGCAGUUGUAGUUAUAAUUUAUCCGCUGUGUUGUUAUUGAGGGUUUUCAGACUGGAAUUGACUGUUAGCUAAUUUACCUGCUGUUUAUACCUAAGUUACUUUAACUUGAGUCGACUGAGGACGACUACCAUGGGCCGUAAAAAGCAUGGUCAAAGUGAAAGACCAGUAAACAAGGGCAAAGACAAGCGGCACAGAAUGAAAGGAAAGUCUUUGGAGACUUUUACCGAAGAGAUGCAUGAGGUUCUGAAAGCAAGUGAAGAUGCAAUGUCAGAGGAUGCUGAACAUGUUAAGUUGCCCUGCCCUUUGGCGAUGUGGGAAUUGGGUCACUGUGACCCUAAACGCUGUACGGGACGUAAACUGGUGAGAAAGGGCUUCGUGCGCUGCCUUCGACUCAACCAGCGCUUCAAUGGCCUCAUCCUCAGCCCGAUGGGCACUAGAUACGUUACACCUGCAGACAGGGAGAUCGUGGCUCAGAGUGGAGUUGCAGUGAUUGACUGUUCAUGGGCGAGACUUGAGGACACGCCCUUCAGUAAGAUGAUUGGUUCCCACCCACGACUCCUGCCAUACCUGGUGGCAGCCAAUCCUGUGAACUAUGGCAAACCCUGUAAGCUGAGCUGCGUGGAGGCCUACGCUGCCACCUUCUGCAUCGUAGGUUUUCAGGACCUAGCAGUGCUCCUGUUGAGGAAGUUCAAGUGGGGAAAGGGAUUUCUUGAGUUGAAUAAAACACUUCUAGAGCGCUAUGCUGCCAGCAAAUCAGAAGAGGAGCUGCUCGCAGUGGAGAAAGAGUACCUCAGCUCUGCUUCCCCAGAGGAAGAGAUAGAUCCUUUUGAUGUAGACUCUGGAAGAGAGUAUAUGAACCUCAACAGGCCUCUGAGGGUGGAAGAGGACGACACUGAAAGUGGUGAGGAAGAGACGUCAGAAGAGGAAGAAGAUGAAGAUGAGAGAAAAGAGAAGGAGAAAGUAGAAGAUGACAGAGGUGAAGAGGAGGAGACUUAAGGCAAACAAGUACAUGAAUAAAGAGCAGAUAAUGGACCGAACAAUGGGAACUGAAGAAGGGAGAAACCCAUUGUGUGUUUCUUUUUUAUCACCACACUGUGCUCAGUAAUCCAGCUCAGGGUUUUUGCUUGUAAAGGAGCUUGGUAGUGAAUAGAUCCCAAAUUUGUGCAUGUUUGCUCUGGAACAGAACUGUUGCUCAGAAUGGCUCUGUGGUUCAGCUGUGUUAAACCAAUAAGGUAAAGAAGGGGCUGUUAGGGGGGUGUAGUAUGGCCUAGUACUUGACCUCUUCUGUGUGUGACGGAACAUUUUUACACAUUUUGAAUCAUAAUUUAUUGGAAUUUCACUAAUGCUGAGAGCUUGUAAAAAAGGGGUGAUUGUACAAUUUGUAUAUCUCUUGUACCAUAAUCUAAUCAUAUUGAUUUAUUAAUCAACACAAUUGUAUUUUGAAUAGUUAAAGAUUUCUUUGGGAUUAAAAGUCAGAAAUAAUUAGA